AUGGCACCCGCCCAACCGGAGCUCAAGAAGUACCUCGACAAGCGGCUGUUUGUCCAGCUCAACGGUAGCCGGAAAGUCAUUGGCGUGCUCCGUGGAUACGAUGUCUUCCUCAACAUUGUACUAGAUGACGCGGUCGAGGAGAAGGACAACGGAGAGAAAGCGAGACUUGGCAUGGUGGUUAUCCGCGGUAACUCGGUUGUUAUGUUAGAGGCACUCGAGAGGAUUGGCGGGGACGAGCGUGGGGGGCGUUAA